AUUCGCUUUGCGCGCACCCGUCGAAUUUGUUCUCCACUAGCGACCUACUACGACUCAUAAGAACUACUCCUACUACUAAAGCAGAAGGGGGCAUAGGAGGGAAUACAGUACAGUAGAGUAGUAGUUGGAGGGGAAACCCCUGCAGAAAGUGAAGAUUUUAUACCUAGCUUCCCGAUUAAGAGAUACCUUUCUCCUGCCAUUACCGAACUUGCUUCAUUCCCUCCCUUCCUUCCUACUGCCCGUCGCCCUCUGCAAAAUGCCGUCCGCGCGCUAGCUACCAAAGUGGUUAGUCGCCAAACCCCAGACCGAUUCCUCCUCCCCGUGCUCGUGCCGUGCCUGCACGUACGUCCACCGCCCGACUGCUUAGUGGCAUGAAGGACCUGGUGUCGUGCUUCAGCGAGCACGCCAUCAGGAUCUCCGACGUCGCCUGCUCCGGCUCCGCCGCCGCCAAUGCGGCCGCGGCGGCCACGACGGGGACGGCCGACGGCGGGGGCAGGGCGGCGGGGAUCAGCGCGGUCACCACCGUGUACCGCUCGCGCCUCUCGGCGUCCGGCAAGGACCUGCUCGUCGACGUCACGUGGGCGCGCUCGCCGGACGGCCCCGCGCUCUCCGUCGCCGUCCACGACGCCGGCGCCCCGCGGCACCGGGCCGCCGCCGCCGCCGCCCCGCGCCACCUGCACAGGCGGAAGGGGAGCGGCACCUUCACCGCGGGCAGCUGCGUGGUGGGCGUCUUCUGGGACUACGCGGCGGCGCGGUACGGCGCGGGGCCCGAGCCCGUCUCCGGGUUCUACGUCGCCGUGGUCGCCGACGCCGAGUUCGUGCUCCUGCUCGGCGACAUGAGCCGGGGCUACGUGGAGCGGCUGCACGGCGGGAUACCGGUGGCCGAGUCGCGGAUGGCGCGGCGGCGGGAGCGGUUCGUCGGGUGCGGGUGCUGGUCCACGAAAGCGCGCUUCUUGGAGUCCGGCGCGGAGCACGAGAUCGGCGUCGGGCUGGAGGGCGACACGGAGGCGUGGGUCACCGUGGACGGCCGGAAGGUGGUGCAGCUGCGGCGGCUGCGGUGGAACUUCCGCGGCAGCCACACCCUCAUCCUGGACGGCGGCGCGCCGGUGGACAUGACGUGGGACCUCCACGGCUGGCUCUUCCACGCGAUCGACCCCUCCGCCUCCUCGUGCAGCGCCGUCUUCACGUUCCACGCGCGCGGCGCGUCGGAGACGAGGCUGUGGAUGGACGACGACGACGGCGCCGCCAGCAGCAGCGGCGAAAGCGACAAGGAACACGACAAGCCUCUGGCGCCGGCGCCGGCGCGCGGCCAGCGACAGAAGCAGGGGCCGUCAGGGCAGGGGUUCUGCCUGCUCAUCCAGGGCUUCAGGAGAUCCUCCAAGACCACCUGAUCUGUACAUUCCGCCACAGGAUUUCUUCACCAAUCCUUUUCGACUUCUUCUUGGUUUGUGUGCCUGGAAAUGAAAUUUAGGGUCGAUGUACUUACUGAUUGAUGCUGGUUGUGAAUUGAUCCGAUGCUUCACAGAAUCACACGAGCGUGAAGCUGUGAAUGGUAGGUAGACGUGCGUGGGGAGGUUCAUGUUGACAUAAGAAGGCGUUGGUUUUCCGUUUUUUGCUUGCUGAUUUGAUUGAUACCUGACUGUGAAUGUGUUGUGGAUUCCAGAAAUAUACAAACAAAGGUUGCAACAUUUUGUUUAAA